AUGUCUUGGAAUGCAGGAGGGCUCCCCUCCCACAUGUAUCAAGAAUUCCUCGCAUGGUGCGACAUGCAGUGGCAACUUGACAUCAUUGUAGUCCAAGAAACACAUUGGCACGAAACAAGCGACUAUGUGUCUGGGUCAUGGCUAGUGUUACACUCGUCCGGUCGUGGACCGGACGUCGAAUUUGGCAGGUGCUCUGGGCUCCUCUUCCUCAUCAACCAGCGAGUCUUCAAGGACCCCAGAAUCUUGGAAGUUAUGCCAGGACGCCUAGCCCUCAUUCAGAUGUGUCACAAAACCAGUAACACACCGAUUAGCCUCAUUGGCGUGUACCAACAUGUGUGGCGUAGCGGCCUAACCACGGCCAAGAAUAAGGAACUACGACAAGGUCUAUGGACACACCUUGAUGGUCUGAUCAUGAAGACGCCUGCCCGGCAUCAUCUUAUCAUCAGUGGCGACUUCAACACCACCGUUCGCCCGGAUCAUCCCGUAGUAGGUCCCUGUGUGCCUGCCGACACGACUGACACCAAUGGGGGAGACGAGCUUCAGAUGAUGCUUAGGACUCAUAACCUCACGGUGCUUAACACCUGGCAGACCAAACACCCUAGUACCUACUACGCUCCCACGGGUGAGACACAGAUUGAUUACGUCAUCGUGCGACAGGAUGCUGCUGUGGCCAAAGCCAAACAGGCAAGCCCAGAUAGAUCAUUUCCAAUUGGGGGUGGUAGGCUCACUGGGCAUUUUCCCAUCCGCGCUGAGCUACCCUUGCUCCCCAUAUACUUCUCACAAAAGCCGGGACACUCUAAACAUGUGCAGGCUCUGGAUGUCACCGCUCUGCAAGCAGCGGUACGAGCUCGCUCAACUGAGGCCCAGCUUCUGUGUCAGAACGUUUCGGCACGACUGUCUCAAAUCGACACAUCCCAGAUAGCUAGUGCACACGCCAGUGUAAACCGCAUUCUUCUGGAGGAAGCGGCACUUGCAUUUCCUCGUGAACCAAAGCCCGACCACCGGGUGUCGGCACAACCAGGCUUCCGGAUCACCGCACGGGCUGUGUGGCAGACUUACCGACAGUUUAAGCGAGCAGGAGUGUGCACUUUCGGUCGCAUCUUCGACAAGUGGCGACUGGCCACCAGCUUCGCCAAGGCCUCCAAAGCCUUACGCCAGCAAAGUAAAGAGCUAAAGCGAGCCUUCUAUGAGGAGCAAAUCGGGGCAGCUGAACUGGCAGCCGCCCGAGGCGACCAACGAAGCCUGUUCCUCAUAAUCCGCCGACUCUCCCCUAAAACCCGAAAAAUUGCAGGUCGCAUGCGCGGGGAAGACGGCCACCUGCUCUCUCCUGCAGAGGAGAUGGAGGCCAUAAUUCGCUAUAGUAAAACUUUUGCUGCCCGACCUGAUGAGCCACACAUUGCACCCCUCACCGAGGACCUAGUAAUCACUGACCAAGCCCUUCUGGACGAACUCAGCAAGCUAGGCAUAGGGAAGGCAGUACCCAAGCACAUUGCACCGGCAGCUGUUUGGCGCCUGUGUGCCACGUCCAUCAGUCAUGCUCUUGGCCAGGCAUUGCGACAGCACUUGCGAAGCGGCUCCCAAUGCCAGCUCGACGAGGACUGGAAGCAUUCCCAUGUCUCCUGGAUCCCUAAACCAUCGAAGGCACCUACAUCGGUUGAAGCCCUACGCCCAAUAGGACUCACUAGUCCCGCUAGUAAGGCCCUUGCCGGGUGUUUACGAUCCUCCCUUGUCAGCAGCCUCCAGCCCCUUUUGCAGCAGCUACCACAGUUUGCUUACGCCAAGCAAAGAGGAACAUUCGAUGCCAUCAUCCGCGCCCACCAGCACUUCGAGGCGGUCGCCGAAGUUCUGCAGCAAACCAAAUGCAACCGAUUCCAGCAACGAGUAGGCAAGAAGCAACGCCCCACCUCGGGGGGCCUUGGCCUCUCCUUAGACUUGUCCAAAGCAUUUGAUGGGGUCGACAGACCAGAGAUUUACCGAUCAAUGUCUCGACAUGGCGUCCCGAGCAGCACCAUCACUCUUGUGCAGCAGCUGCAUGCUGAUGCCAGAUACAUCUUUCAUAAGGGGGACCUCCGCGGCUCAGUCAUCACAUCAAAUGGCAUAAAGCAGGGAUGUGUCAUCGCUCCAUUUCUAUGGAACUACUUCUCUAUAUCCUUUCUCCUCUUGCUCCGCGACCAACGUAGUCAAGAGUGGAUUGAAAGAGUUCUCUCUCUCUUUGCCGAUGAUGUAUGGGGAGCCUGGGUUAUCCGCGGACUCCCAGACCUUCGUGCUGCCAUUGACGAUGUAACCCUCAUCCUUGAGACCCUAGAAACCCUGCAUAUGCAGAUUAACUACGGUAAAACUGCCAUCCUCCUCAGACUUGUAGGCAAAGAUGCCAAGCAACAGCUCCGAGAACACACGUACAUGCACGCAGGCCAGUUGCAUCUUCGACUCACCGUCCACGGACGGGAAUGUGGCGUCCCGAUCAAGGACCAACACCUGUAUCUGGGAACGGUUGUUACUUACAAGCACCGACUUGAUCGCAACAUGACACAUCGGAUUCAGGCGAGCCAGGUCAGGUAUCAGAGCCUUAGGAAGCUCUUGAAUGGCAACCACCAUCUCACUACCUCACAUCGGUUGCGACUUUGGCAAGCCUGCAUUUGUUCCAGUGUGAUGUACUCACAGGCAGCUGUUGGUGUCACCGAAAGAUCCUUACGGAAACUCACGGUGUACCUCACCAAGCAGCUUCGAGCCAUCCUCAGGGUUCCAGCUCAUAUUACACACAUCACCACAGGCGGUGUGUGGCAACAGGCUGGUUUGCCCAUGCCAGGCUGGAGCAUUCAGCACACACUCCGAGAUUUCCUUCAAAAGCUUGAGCGUAAAGCCUUCACGGCUGCUGACAUUACCACAGGCGAUCAAGCUUUCCAGCACCUCCGCCUGCUUGAUACACGCCUCGAUAAGCUACUGAUGGAAGCCGCUGUGGAUCUUGCAAAGGAGCCUCUAGGAGUCCCCCUAGUGAACUGUCCCCAUUGCAAUGAAGCCUUUCAUACUGAAAACUCCAUGCGUAUCCACAGUAAGCUCAAGCACGGGGACCUACCGGCACACAGCACCAGGACCCCCACGGCCUUCCGCCCCGAGCUGCACUCCUUAGCAGGCAUGCCUGCAUGCCGCCUGUGCUCUAGGCAGUUCUUUCGCUGGUCCCAUCUUCGCAUUCACAUUGAAAGUGGAGCCUGCAGUCAGCUAGGAGGUGAUAGCCUGGUUCGUGCCCCGAUCCCUGAUGAACAGGCAGCCGAGAUCAUCCAAGCACCUCCCGCGGUGCACAGAGGCAUUUUUGCAGAUGAAAAUGCGGCUCAUACACCACUUGUAAUGCGAGCGCAGUUUCAGCAGAAGCUUCAUGAUUGGGAGAGCUGGUUGAAAGAGCCCGCUGUCCGCCAAGAGCUCUCCAGUCACUGUGUGCUUUGCAACAUGUGGAUAUCGAGCUACAAGCAUGUCAAACAGCACUUCAACAAGGUUCAUGCUGCACAGCAUCCCACCUUAAUGGACCGUGCUCUCAAGCUCAGCCUCACAUUCAAAUCGCAUCUCACACGUGACCGCUCGUGCUUGUGGUGCCACCACAAGGUGGGAGCGCCAGGACGCCACGUCCAACAAUGCACACCGCUGGUGCAACUGACACACAAGAUGUUCGGGGGGAACUACCAGAUGGGCAACGACGAACUCGAGAUCUUUGCCAGUUGUUGGGGGGGACCCGAGUACCAACCGCCUCCACCAAGGGGACCCAAGCGCCACCGACCGGAGCAGCAGCCUCACUGGGGACAUCCCGGCUCCCAGAUGACUCGACAUCCGGGAGGACACUUCGGCAACUUUGGGUACCAGCCACAGCAGAAUCGGCAAGACCAGCUACGACUCUUGACGCGAGUAGUCCUUCAACAGGAAGAAACCAUCAGUCGUCUUCGUCAGGACAAGGUCUUCAUCCUCUUCAUGAGGAACGAGACCGACGGAACGUUGGCCUCACUGAUGAAAGUGGCUCGCGAGUGGAGGAAUCGCAAAUCCUCCGACGAUCCGAAGCUGAAGUCAUCUCUCAAAACACUGCUUCUUGCAUCACUCCUCCAGGAGGUACUGAAUCAGGCCCAGAAAGCUGUCGCCACGGCCGAGAACAAAACCAAGAUGGUGACCGCCGGCUGGAUGACACAGGAAAGCGGCUGGACGUAUCGAACCUGGCACCACUCCGAAAAGCGCCUCUGCCAGGACACCCAGAAGGACCCCCUGUCCCACGACGAGGCAGUCAGAGUGUUGACCCAGCUCCAGAAGCACGUCACUGGGGAUGUCAUUCAGAAGUUCGCCUCCACGGUGGGAUUGCAGAAGCUGGAGGAGCAGGGCUCGAACGUGGCCACGUUUCAGCUGGAGGUCUCUCUCCGAGGCAACAUGGCUCAGGAGAUCUACGACAACCUGUCCCGUCUGACAGGACCUCAGCCUGGUGGGGGUCUCCAUGAAGAAGGACACCCUCCCGAGAUCUGCCCUCGCGAAGCACCUGGCGAACCAGUUUUACGGCCACUGACGAAGCAGCUGGCCCCGUGGCCGCGCACGAGCCACCGCCUCUCGAUCUGCCUACUGUUCGACUUAAAGGGGGCUCCAACAGCUGCUACAUCAAUUCAUUCCUGUAUAGUCUGUGUACGGUACUUCGGCAGUGCGAACAACAGCAUCUCCUACCUCAGGCCUUUUGGGAAACUUCAGAGCACCCGCGAGAAGCGAUGCGUCUGA